AGCAUGUAGCUAUUUUCCCCGUCCAACUGCGUCGCCUGCCAUCAUGUCCACUGCAUACCGUCAUCGCAGCUAUUUCGCCUCAAGUUGCACUUAUUCUUGUUCUGCGACUACAAGAGCACACUGAUCGCGAUCAAAUCGGGUGAUAUCCCGCGUCCAGCUGACAAGGAUUAUUUUCCUGAUCUCAGCCAAAAAUAUUCAACCUGUACGAGAGGGAAAGAUAUAAGUAGCAGCGAAGAUGACCCGACAGAACCAAGUGGCAUCCCUUCCCCAGAGAUGCAUAUAACUCAGGCGCUAUUACUGCCAGCACUACUUUCAUCGGUGGCUGCUGCCAUUUCACAGACUUUCCCGGGCUUGAACAAGCGAUUCAAUCAUGCCAGUCGCGAAAGACAAGCAACUUUCAAGUCCCAGGCAAUUCACCCCGUUCCUUGGGACCAGUCGUCGUUUACACCUAUUGGAAGUCUCGAUGCCCUCUCUGUUGAACAAUUUACCACCCUCGGUCAUCCAGCGUUCCCAGCCUACAGCGUAAGGAUCAAGCGAGCGGAUCCCGCGGUCUUCACAUGUGACCCCACGGUCAAGACCUACACAGGAUAUAUAGAUGUUACUGGGGCCAAGCAUCUGUUCUUCUACUUCUUUGAGAGCAGAAAUGAUCCGGCAAAUGACGAUGUCAUAUUUUGGACUAACGGAGGUCCUGGUUGUUCAUCGGGCCUUGGUCUCUUCAUGGAACUGGGUCCUUGUCACGUCUUCAGCGAUGAAGGCCCGGUAUUCAAUCCGUACUCGUGGAACUCCAAUGCAAGCAUAUUCUUCGUUGAUCAGCCUAUCGGUGUUGGCUUUUCCUAUGCCGACUACGAUGAGAUCGUGAGUACUACUGAAGAGGCGGCAAAGGAUAUAGCCGCGUUCGUUGCCAUAUUCUUCCAAAACUUCCCUGAUUUCCAGACCCGCGGUUUUCACAUGGCUGGAGAAUCCUACGGGGGGCGCUAUCUCCCCGUUUUUGCCUCUGAGGUCUAUGACCAGAACGCCAGACUGGUCGAAGCAGGCAUUACCCCCAUCAAUUUAACGUCCAUCAUGAUGGUGCAUCCGCUUCCUCCUAUUAUGUCCAUCGGUGCAUCUAUUAUAACCAUCUUGUGCCAGUUUCCCAAAUGUGAGAGAUGGACCAAAGUAGCGUGUAUCGACAAAUUCGAUGCCCUAGGCUGCAGAGCCGCUACAGAUUUCUGUAACAAUCAACUUGUCGCGCCCUUUGACGCAACAGGCAUGAACCCGUACGAUAUUAGUAAAAAAUGCGAGGGCGAUCCAGAGGAUUUGUGCUACCCAGUCACCAGGUACAUCAGGGAAUACCUCGAUGAUCCUGAUAUUCGUGCGGCUCUUAACGUUAGUCCUUCUCUUGGCAAAUUCAAUUCCUGCAGCAAUGAUGUUGGUGCCGCGUUCGAGGCAACGAUGGAUGAAUACCACCCGAGUGACUCCUACGUCGCCGAGUUGCUUGAACGCGGGAUUCGAGUGCUCGUUUAUGUCGGAGCAUACGAUUGGAUUUGCAACUGGAUUGGUAAUGAGAGGUGGACACUAGCGUUGCCGUGGUCGGGACAAGAACAAUUCGCCAAUCAGCCUUUGACAGAGCGGUACGUCAACGGCGCUGUCGCUGGAAGAACACGAAGUGCUGCUGGGUUCACCUACGCCACUGUCAACGAGGCAGGACACAUGGUGCCGUAUGAUAAACCUGAAGAAGCUCUGGAAAUGGUAAACAGAUGGCUGGCCGGGGCGACACUGUGAUGUCCGAUGCGUGAUUGACGAUGCACGAGUAGAACCAUACAGUUGGUGUAUGAAUAGCUUUACCUGAACUCCCAAAAUCAACCGAGGUUGCUCUUAACCCGAACGAAAUUAGUAGUUGAUGAAUCAUCGUAAAGCUGUAAACGACAGAGGAGUGAAGUCCGCGGUUGGGUGAAUGAGUGUCCGGCUGUUUUGUGAGGGCGAUUGUUGUCUUAGUUAUUCAGCUCCAGUAUCGAGGAUCCGAAAAAUGCCAGUUCAAAAGUGCGUUGCACGCAAAAAAAUUGGGUAAAUACUCAUACGUCAAAUCGUUGUGUGGCCGACUGAGCUGAUGCAUGCCGCCCAUGUGCCGGUGAUCCCGGAUUCC